AUGAGCAACGAAAGCAGUCUUCUUCUUCUUACUGGCGCUACUGGCCAUGUUGGCUUUGCUGUACUUGUCGCAGCGCUCCAAGCGGGCUACAACGUCCGGGUUGUUCUUCGUACUGCGAGCAAAUCAAGUUUGAUUUUGUCCUCAGAAGCAGUGAAAGAAAUUCUAAGCUCUUCUACUGCGCCAGAGCUCUCUUUUGUAGAGGUUCCCGACGUCACGAUACCAGGCGCCUUCGACUCCGCCAUGCGAGAUGUUGUCUACGUGAUACAUUCUGCUAGUCCAAUCAAUCGUGGAAAAUUCCAGGAUUUACAAAAGGAGCUAAUUGACCCCGCUGUUAAGGGUACCUCGAACAUCUUAGAGGCCGCGCGAAACACUCCCUCCGUUCAUCGAGUAGUUAUCACUUCUUCCAAUUCCGCAAUCGUCAAUUAUAACUCUCCACCGGCAAUCGGCACGCGUGUCUUGCCUAGCGAUCGUCAGUCAGACUAUUCUCUUAAUCAGACGAUGCAUGAUGGCGAAGAAGCCUAUGUUGCGGCCAAGACGGCGGCAUUGAAUGCUACAGACGUCUUCGUCUCCAAAGCCGAUAAUCUGCACUUUGACAUUGUCAGCAUCAUGCCGACCUAUGUUUUUGGCCCCAAGGGACUUGCCCAAUCUCCCGAAGAUAUAUUGGAUGGUAGUAAUGUUUUUGGCAUUGGCCUCGUACUCAUAAAACAACCGUGGGGCUCCCUUCGCAUCGAGGCUGUCUCCUGCCAUGUGGAUGAUGUUGCCCAGGCCCACGUACGAGCGUUAAAUCAUAGCAACGAUGCACAAUUCCCAUAUAAUGCUGGAACUCAUCAAUCUUGCUUAUUGGGAACCCCUUUCCAACCAGAUGAAGUGAAGGAGAUUAUUCAAAGAGAGUUUCCGGAAGAAUUAUGGAAAGCGGAAGAUGCAGUCUUCGGAGGCAAAGGCUCUUACGAGUGGUACCAUGUCGAUUAUGAUAUUGACGCAGCAGAGAAACUACUGGGUAGAAAACUGCAAGGUAUAUCAGAACAGAUUCGUAGUAGUGCUUUACAGGUCUUGAGUAUAGCCUAA